CUAUAUUUUUCUCCGGAGUAGUUUGUUCGCGUGAUUUUAUUCUACACUAUCUCAAUUUUGGUGAGCAAAAUUUCGAUCCACUGCGACUCCAACUUCACCUACUGCAAGAAAAUGGCGAUGACUAUUGAAGGCUUGCUGGGCUUGCUUUUAUGUUUUCAUCGAGUAUUCUGUUGCAAAUUCUGGCUUGUGCAUUAUAUAACAACUGGUGGCCAAUGCUUUCAGCUCUCAUGUAUGUCCUGGUGCCAAUGCCUUGUUUAUUCUUUGGUGGUGGCUCAACUCAGUUUCUAACCAGCCGAGAUGGUGGAGGAUGGAUAGAUGCUGCUAAAUUUCUUACAGGAGCAUCGGCUGUGGGAAGCUUUGCAAUUCCUAUUAUUCUUAGGCAUGCUCAGAUGAUUUCUACUGGUGCAAUGUUCAUUGAAUUUACAUCUUUCAUCAUAUUUAUCUGCACCGUCUUGUGUUUCCACCGUGCUAGCCUCGAAGACGACUGGUAUUAGAAUACUGGCCGGAAGUCUUCGUGUAACAUACAUAUAUUACUGAUUAGUUCUGCGAAUGUAUGGCCCACAUUAGGGAGGGAAAAGAAACGGAAAAUUUUCAGAAUGUAAAUCUCCAUAUUGAAUGUAUAUCACCGACGAACGGAAGAAAUAUUGUUUUACCUUCGUUUGACAUUGCUUCAAAUGUUAU